AAACCUUACCCACAAUCCUCUGCGGCCCUCAUAACAACACUCAGCCGGAGGGGCUAGGAUCUGUAAUUUAGCGAAGUCGCUCUGUUUCAGCUGGAAUACGCCAUGGACCAAGAUUACGAGAGUCGGCUACUACGACAGAUCAAUAUACAGAACGACAACGCCAGCCCUGUUAAGUUGACGCCCACCAACUCGCCCUUGUCCUCACCAAGCAAGCAUGGAGAUCGCUUCAUACCGUCCCGUGCUGGAGCCAACUGGAGUGUCAACUUCCACCGCAUAAACGAAAAUGAAAAGUCAUACAGUCAAAACAGAAAGACGAAAGAUGGCACGUCGGACAACAGCAAAGACGGCCUGGCUUACUCGGCUCUGCUGAAGAACGAGUUGUUGGGAGCGGGUAUUGAGAAGGUGCAGGAUCCUCAGACUGAGGACCGGCGGUUGCAGCCGUCCACUCCAGAGAAGAGGAGUCUGUUUAGUUAUUCUCUGAGUGCCAAGCGCUCACUUCCAGAUGACGGCAACAGCAUAUCCCCUUAUUCUUUAUCACCCGUCAGCAGUAACAGUCAGAAGCUGUUGCGCUCUCCACGGAAGCCAAUGCGCAAGAUCUCAAAGAUCCCGUUUAAGGUGCUGGAUGCUCCUGAGCUGCAGGACGAUUUCUACCUCAACCUGGUGGACUGGUCCUCCUUAAAUGUGCUUAGCGUCGGACUCGGGACCUGUGUGUACCUGUGGAGUGCUUGUACCAGUCAGGUGACUAGAUUGUGUGAUCUGUCGGUAGAAGGUGACUCAGUGACGUCAGUUGGCUGGUCAGAGAGGGGAAACUUGGUGGCAGUGGGCACUCAUAAGGGCUUUGUGCAGAUUUGGGACGCAGCUGCAGGAAAGAAACUCUCUGUAUUAGAGGGUCACACGGCCAGAGUAGGCGCGCUGGCGUGGAACGUUGACCAGCUGUCCUCGGGCAGCCGGGACCGGCUGAUUUUACAGAGAGAUAUCCGCGCCCCUCCACAGCAGUCCGAGCGCAAGCUCCUGGGACACCGACAGGAGGUCUGCGGCCUCAAAUGGAGCACGGACCACCAGCUUCUCGCUUCUGGAGGGAACGACAACAAGCUGCUGGUGUGGAAUCACUCCAGCGUCUCUCCCAUGCAGCAGUACACAGAGCACUUGGCGGCUGUGAAGGCCAUCGCCUGGUCGCCGCACCAGCACGGUCUGCUGGCCUCCGGUGGGGGAACGGCCGACCGCUGCAUUCGCUUCUGGAACACGCUGACUGGUCAGCCUCUACAGUCCACAGACACCGGCUCACAGGUCUGCAACCUGGCCUGGUCCAAACACACCAACGAACUGGUCAGCACACAUGGAUAUUCUCAAAAUCAGAUCCUGGUUUGGAAAUAUCCCUCCCUCACUCAGGUGGCCAAGCUCACAGGACAUUCCUACAGAGUGUUAUACCUGGCCAUGUCACCAGAUGGAGAGGCGAUAGUCACGGGAGCAGGAGAUGAAACUCUGCGCUUCUGGAACGUCUUCAGCAAAACCAGAUCCACCAAGGAAUCCAUAUCCGUUUUGAACCUGUUCACGAGGAUCCGGUAAUAUUUGCAUGCAUUCGGAAGUGCUAACAUUUUUUCAGGACUCCUGUGAGGAAUAAAACACUGAUUCUGAUCACCAUGACGACCUGUGUGACUGACAGACACUAGACCACGCCCCUUCUCUGUGGUGCGGCUCUCUGAAAGGAGCUCCGGGUGGAGAGGGGGGUCGUUUAUAUAUAAAGGGGCAGGGUUCCCCCUUUUAUUAUACGUUAAAGAGGAUCAGAUGCAUAACUGCCAAAUAAGCAACGUGUGAAUGUUUGUUAAAGGGUCUGUUUAAGGUUUUUUUUCCACCAUUGUGCUUUUUCUAAACCUGUUAUUUUACACCGCCUCUGCCAUCUCCAGUCUGCGGUGACGAGCUUUGUGCCCUUUAGCCUUAAACUGCAGUGCUGCGUUCACCUCUGGGGGGUCAGUGCCAGGCCUUCCAACGUCACAGCUCUGAUUUUUCUUUCUUUGUUGUUGUGUGGUUGUUUUUUUUAAUAUUAUUAUUAUAAUUUUGUUUUGAAUUAGGCCCCUUUUGUAAUCUUGCUUGAUUUAUUGAUUGUUUUUAUUUAAAAAAAAGGUAUCAUAGGUUUUUAAAAAAUGAGUUAAAAUUAUUAUUAAUCAUAGUGUUGUAGUCUAGACCACAAGAACCAAGUCUAGUCCAAGUCAAGACUGAGGCUUUUAGGCCCAAUCCCAUUUCACCCCUUGGCUCUCCUACUUUACUCCUACUCCUUGUUUUGGAGUGUAACUCUUCCCCUUGGAACAGAGUUAACUUUAACUAGAGAAAGGGGUAUUUUAUGUCUACAGAAAGGAAGAAAAUCAUGUAGAAAUGAUUUAUUAUUGUCCAUUGCUUAAUUCAUCUGUGAUGAGAAGCUGAAAUUAGCUUUAAUUAGCUUUUAUUCUAUUUUUUCCGUUCCACCUUAAAAGCUGCAGCUUCUGCCCUCUAUUGCACCAUUUAAGGUGGAACGGUAGAGUUAGAUAAGCUAGCUAACUACUGAGGCAAACUAGUAGCGAUUUUUUUAUGCUUGUUAUGAAGAUUUCAACCAUAAAACAUUGAAGCUACGCAUUUAACUGUGGUAAAAUAGUGCUAAUCAUCACUUUUAACAAGAAAAAUACUUUUACAUUUGUGUUUUUCUUACCAGUGAUUCUCAUACCCCUUCGUUUAAAGCGUGCAUCUGAAAAAUCUGUGUAUGAAGGGCAAACAAGCCCCUAUCCAUUCCCCUAACCUACCCCUCCAGCCUAACAAGAAUCAGGACAAGGGCUAGGGCCAACGGGUGAAAUGGGAUUGGGCCUGAUCUAGUCAGAGUCAAGACCAAGACUAGCAGUGGCAGAGAUUGGGACACGGCCGAGACCAGAUUAGAAUAUUUUUUCAUAAUAUAAAAGUAAAGGAAGGAAAGGAGAAAAAAAAUCUAUAUAUAUAUAUACAUUAAAUAAUAUAUAGCCUAAAAUAAUGUCUAUUAAUAUAGUCUGCAUUCAUUCGAGUACAACACUAGUUUUUCCGAGGUUUUUUUUUUUAUUAUUAUGGUGUUUUUGUUACAAAUCAAAUCAACAGAGCGCAAAUCUCUUCUUAAUAUUCUUAAUAAUGUCCAUAACGCACAACGAAGCACCGAAUAUAAUGUUUCCUAAACCACUGUUUAUUUUUAUUUUUUUUUACUCCAGCUAACAAAAAAAGACUGAUUUCUGUGGUAUAAAACAUUUAGUCAUUGGCUCAUGUUUUACUCCAGCUUCUCGUUUUUAUUUGUUGUACUUUUUUAAAAUGCUUUUUCUUUUAUUUGUACUUCUUUUUAAUGUUUUUUGUAAAUCUCGUCUCGUCUUGUUGGGGUGUGUUGUUUGAAUGUCACGCUCGGACCGUGUGAAUGAAUGGUAUUUAUUUGGUUUGCGAGAUUGUGUUGAGACUGUGCUUGAGCGGACGUUUUAUUACAUGUAGGUUGGAAUAUGAACACUUGCCUUUAUGUGUUUUAUGUACAAUUUUCAAACCAAUCCGAGACAGCAGCCAUGUCUGAACAGCUUCUAGAAUGUUCAGAAUACACAAGAAAAAGAAGAACAAUUACUGUUUUCUUACCGAGGAGAGUCAAUAAAGUAAGUGUUUCAUGUUUAA